AUGAAUGCCACAAGAACUAAUUGGGCGAAAAAGCUAGAUGAUGCACUUUGGGCCUAUAGAACGGCUUUUAAAACAUUGAUUGGUAUGUCACCAUAUAAGUUGGUGUUAGGGAAGGCAUGCCACUUGCCAGUGGAACUUGAACAUAGAGCGUGGUGGGCACUGAAACAGCUGAAUCUAGACAUCGAGGUUGCGGACACAACAAGAAUCAUAGAAUUGCAUGAGCUUGACGAGUUCAAAUAUCUUGCUUUUUUUAGCACAAGGUUGUACAAGGAAAGAAUGAAGAGGUUGCACGACAAGAACAUUGUGGAGCAAAAUUUCAACCCCGGGGACAUGGUAUUGCUUUAUAACUCAAGAUUAAGGCUAUUUUCGGGGGCUGUAGAGAUUGCCGCAGAGAAAGACUCUCAUAUAUUUAGAGUCAAUGGGCAGAGAUUGAAACAAUAUGCAGGCAUGAAUGAACCAAAGGAAGUGACAGAGAUCCAUCUAACUGAACCUCAGAGGUCGAGCGAACCUUAA